AUGGACAGGUUUCGGAGACGAUCCACGGCGGAGGAAAGCUUCGGUCGGCUUGAAAGACGACUAAGUGGGCUCACCAUUACUCGAAAAGGGAGUGUUGCAUACGGGCCUACGGAGACAGAUGAGGAUCUGUUGGUCGAAGAUGAAGACACAAAAGGGCCUUUAGGGCUCAACUUGCUCCAUACCGUACCGGAGCCGCAUAUUGAUUUUAUCUUUAUCCACGGAUUGGGUGGAGGGUCGCGCAAGACUUGGUCCAAAACAACCGAUCCAUAUCACUUCUGGCCCAAAGAAUGGCUCUCUCGAGACCCAGAAUUCGGUCACGUUCGUGUCCAUAGCUUUGGAUAUAAAGCUGACUGGGCCGAAAAGAAAUCAAAUCAUUUGAAUAUUCAUGACUUUUCACUGUCACUUCUCGGGGAGAUGCAAUGCAGCCCUGAGAUUCGUCGGAGCAACACCAAAAUUGUACUCGUUGCACAUAGUAUGGGUGGUAUUGUCACAAAGAAGACUUUGGUCAAUAUCUUGAAGGUUUCCUUCGGCCACAAGUCCUUCGUAGCGGAACUAGGACGCGAUUCCGUCUCCGUACAGUCAAUCAACGAUAGCUUCCGAUAUUUCGCUGACGAUCUUCAACUAUGGUCGUUCUAUGAAACCAUUCCUUAUAACUUCGUGUUGACCAAUGCUAUGAUCGUCGACAAGUCUUCAGCUACUCUUGGCUUAUCGAAGGAGCGAUGUUCACUCCUCAAUGCAGAUCAUAGCGGAAUUUGCAAAUUCGAAAGUCCGACAGAUCCGAACUAUAAAAGCCUCCGAAAUGCAUUCAUCACCACAGUCGAUUCUAUUCUCACUGAAAUCGCCCAAGUAGUCUGUGAGACCACGAAAAGUGAAUCGUCAAGGCUGACUGAGCUUACCGGUAUCGCCGAACCCCCCAUUGAUGAUCUUUUCUCUUUGGAGGAGUUACGAAUCCCCGGUACAUGCGAAUGGUUGAGCACAAAAGCCGGAUACAAAACAUGGAAGUCCGCCUGGUCUCUGAGUCGGCCAAUAUUCUGGCUCACCGGCAACGCAGGCACCGGAAAAUCCGUUCUUUCGAGCUAUGUCAUAAAUGACCUGGAAGAAAGCAACUUCCAAUGCAGCUACUUCUUUUUUAAGCAAGGGAACGCUAGCAGGUCUUCUAUAUCAGAGUGCCUACUGUCGCUCGCCUUUCAGAUGGGCCAGGCGGAUGAAUCUAUUCUCAAACGCUUGACCCAGUUCUCUGAGGGGUCUGACACCUGGGAGCAAUUAGAUGAGAAGACUCUGUGGCGAAAGGUAUUUCACGGCGCCAUAUUUAAGGAGCCUAAUCCUGAGCCACGAUUCUGGGUCAUUGAUGCUCUGGAGGAAUGCAAUAAAUUCCCCAUUCUUGUCUCCCUGCUCGCCAGAGCACCCCCAUAUCUGCGCGUAUUCCUUACAAGCCGCCAUCUUCCCGAAGUAUAUCAAUCCAUCACGUCGCAUAACGUUGCCAUUGAGAAUUAUUCUGUGCAAGAACAGGACACGCUCACCGAUCUAGGAAUUUUCAUUGAUUCCCGAACUGAUUCCCUUCCUGCUGGAAACAAUGGCAGCCAUAAGAACCUACGUGACAAGAUUCUCGAAAAGGCUAACGGAUCUUUCCUGUGGACAUCCCUCGUAGUACAAGAGCUUGAGGGAGUUUAUUCAGAAGAAGCAGCUGAGGAGGUAUUGAAUGAGGUACCCGCUGAUAUGAAUAACCUAUACGCAAGAAUGUUGGAAAACAUUCCUCGGAAAGGCCAUAAACUUGCGCGAUCGAUUUUCGUUUGGACGUUGCUUGGGAUGCGACCUCUGUCGCUGGGUGAGCUAAGCUAUGCAGUCAAGCUGGACACCAAUGAGACUGUCCACAACCUAGCCAAAGCUAUUAUGGCUAUCUGUGGACAACUCGUUGGGGUGAGUCAGAAAGGCUGGGUUCAGUGCAUUCACCAGACCGCAAGAGCGUUCUUGCUGCAGCAAGAACAAGUUCCGGCUUUGGCUCUAAAUAAGCCAAAAUCACACGCAAGGCUCGCAGAACUAUGCUUGACAGCUCUCAACAUGAAUUUCGGCCCAGGGGCCAGGCGACGAAAAUCGAAAACAGUCAAGGCCUCCGCAGAUUCUGUGGCAGAUAUCACGGACUACGCUGCGAUACAUUUCUCUGACCACCUUCGUAAAAGCUCCUCGGAAGACCCCAGGAGUUGGGCUUUACUAGCAGAAUUCUUUGAUAGCAAUGUCUUAAUGUGGAUCGAAUAUCUUGCGGAAACAGGGAGACUGCAGCACAUCACGAGCACAGCCAAAAACCUUAAAUCGUACCUAAUGCGCCGGCUCAAGCACAUGCAGCCUUUCUCGAAUGAAAAGGAGAAUCUGGAGGUUUGGAUUCAUGACUUGAUAAGGCUAAAUGCAAGAUUCCGCACAGCCCUAGCCAUUUGUCCAUCGGCUAUUCACAAUAUCAUUCCUGCACUGUGCCCGUCAGAAUCCAUGGUGUCAGCCAUUUAUGCCACACGCCCCCGCGGGAUUGCUGUCAAAGGGCCGGUAGAGCGGACAUGGGAUGAGUGCUUAGCUACGAUCGACUACAAAUCAGUCCAGACAAGCUCUGUCGCUCACGGUGACUUCUAUUCAGCGGUCGGCGCUUCAGAUGGAGCAAUCUUCCUCUACGUUCGUGACUCAACUGAGACCACAGCUACUUUGUUCCAUGGGGAGCGGGUCAGGGUGCUUGUCUUUAGCGACGAUGAUGCGUAUCUUGCGUCUAGUGGCCCACGUAAGGUUAUAGUAUGGGACCUACGUACUAGGAAGCAGCUAUGGUCAUUCGAUGUGCAACAUCAGCCUCUGACCCUUGCGUUCAGUGAGAACAGCACGCUCCUGGCUGCUGCGACACAAGGCAACUAUACAAUAACUUGGGACUUACAAGAGGAGCAAAUUGAAGGCGAGACCUGGUCCUGGAUCCGCAGCUUCCAUGAAACGACAGGCCAGGCUAAGCCAACUCAGCCCCCAGGAAAAGCUCUCUUUUCGGACGAUUGCUCUAUGUUUGCAGUCAGCUACAGGGGUAGACCGGUUUAUUUAUUCGAUAUGAAGUCAGAGACCCUGGUUGGGUCUUGCAGCAGGAACACGGGCGCGGUCGCAGGAAGGCAAUAUGUUGUCGACGCACUGGCUUUCAACCCAAACCGGGAGAUAAGCGCUCUUGUUGUGUCAUAUGGCGAUGGGGAAAUCGUAGUCUAUGAUUUAUGGUCUGCAGAGCCUCGGUACCAGACUCCAGAUGUCUUCGCCCACACACUCGCAUGCUCACCAGAUGGCCGUACCCUUGUCACUGGUAGCUCUAGAGGCACUAUUCAGAUCUUUGAAUUUUCGGGGGCCCAGGGAACGAGUCUCACAUUAGUAUAUCGGAUUAAUGCAUUUGAGGAGGGGAUCCGUGGAAUCGCAUUCAGCAGCGAUAGUUUGAGGUUUACUGACAUUCGAGGCUCGCAAUACCGGAUCUGGGAGCCUGCAGUGCUUGUUGGUAAUGACUAUGAUGAAGGCAGCCAAAGUGAGCUUAGCCAGGCAAUUACUUUGAAGCCCAAAUCUGUGGGUAUGCUCGAAGGGCCCCCGGAUCCCGAAAUCACUAUUAUGUGCACCGAUUCCAGCGGCAGGUACUUACUGUACGGAAAAGAGGAUGGUGUUGUCGCAUCUUUGAAUGUCCAGGAAGCUAGUCAUCGAGAGGCCCUCUAUCGACAUGCGCUGAAUGUGAGAGUGACUUGCAUUGCAUACUGCGACCAGCUUGGCGUACUGGCUACAGCAGAUGAAUCAAGUCGGAUUAUUGUGAGCACUCUCAAGUUCACAGCUACUGGGGUCGAAGCGCUAUCCAUAAUGUGCGAUAUGCGUUCGGAGGAGCCCGUUCAGGCUCUUCUUUUGGACCCAAGUGGAACGAAAUUACUUGUCCAAGGAAGACAUUCGACUCGGAUCUGGAAAAUUCUUGGUACCAAAACAGACAUCGAGAUAACACUCCCUCACCUCGGCAGUAGCUACAAAUUUACCAAUCAUCAUUCGUCACCCAGUCACUUUAUUGCUAUAUCUCCGCAUUCUACUGAGAUAUUUUCAUGGACCGACGUCAUGAGCUCCUCUGGUGAAGCCGCUGGCAGAAAGGCACCGCCCAAUGAAAUUCACUGGGUAUCCCACGCUUCGAACCAAGUAGCUAACAAGAACCAGCCUGGUCAAAGUCUUUCUGUCCAGUUUAUCGUCUCUCUGUGCAACUUAACUGCAAUCUCUGAGGAGUCUUCUCAGUCAACACUAAUGGUUUGGGAGGCCGCUCAUAUUCCAACGGACGGAGACUGGCCCAGCGAGCUUUAUCUGCCCGGAUUUGAGCGCAUAUCGGCCAGAAUAACUCAAGUUAUUGGGGUUACAGGGAGUCUUGUUUUGUUUGUGGAUAGUGAUCACUGGGUCUGUAGUGUGGAUGUGAGACAGUGGGGUGCUGCGGGACAAGGCGCGUGGAGGCAUUUCUUCCUGCUACCGGAGUGGAAGGGAAACAACCGGGAAUUCCUAGUCGAGUAUAUUCCUAGACGACGUGAGUUUGUAGUCGUUAAGAAACAUGAGGUACUGGUCAUCAAGCGGGGGUUGGAUGUUGCAGUGCCUUUAGAAUGA